AUGGCGCCCACAGAUUCUCUAUCCCCUGCCGGGAGCAGCACCUACUCAUCACCGACAAUGUACGUUGGGGAUGGAACUUGGGAUUCUACUCGGAACACUUUUCUCCUCCCUAACCUAGUUGGCCUGAACUUCGAGACGAUGCGGUAUAAUGGUAUGGGGAACCGUUUCGCAAGCCUUCCGCAGUAUCAUAAGAUAAUUGCUGGACAUGGUGUCCUGGCUGUCAUCACCUUUCUCUUCAUCGUACCCGCUGCAAUCAUGGUAGCCCAGUUUCACAAGCGCUCAAAAUUUUGGGCAACACGAGUGCAUAUAUACCUCCAAGUUCUUACUAUACUUCUAUCCACCGUCGUCUUUACGCUUGGAUGGUUCGCAGUCGGCCCUUCGCGCAGCUUCACAAAUCCACAUCAUGGUAUUGGAAUGGCAAUUUACGUCCUAGUACUGGUACAAGGCCUGGCAGGAUAUUUCAUCAACAUAACAAGCCGCAAGAUGCUCCCAAGAAAGCUACCCAUUAUAUCAAUGCUACACCAUUGGAUCGGUAGAAUAACAGCACUGCUAGGGUUUGCUCAAGCUCCCUUGGGCCUGGCUCUAUAUGGCAGUCCCAAAUACACCUUCAUACUUUACGCUCUUUGGAUGGCUUUCCUGGUCAUAAUAUUUUUUAUUCUAAGCUGUAGAGCUCGACCCUUGCUCCUUCACAAGGAAAUCGACAGUUCACACGAGAGCACUAUAAUUGAAAGCCAAACAGCAAGACAACAUGGAAAUUUAGCACCACCAUUCGCGACAAAUGCCGAAUCAGCUAUCCCAAUUAAUGAUACUGACGAAAGAAAGAAUCGCAGAAAUCAAAGCCACAGAAGUCAUAAUCGAAAAGAUCAGAGUCGCAGAAACGAAAAUCGAAGGAACCAAAACGUGAGUAAAACAGAGGAAUUCGCUUCCAGCGAGUUAGAUAGCCGUCAAGAAACUAAAAGUUAUGUUGAGACCGAUGUAAAUAGUGGUCAGCCCAGAGAUAAUGGGAUAAUGGACAAAUUUUACAAGGUAAUAGCAGGUAUUGGUGCUGCCGCUAUAGUCAAAAAUUGGCACGAAAAGAGGGAGAGAAGUAAGGAGGACGAUGACUAUUCUUCCAUGUCAUCUGACUCUAGCCCACGAAAACUACGGAAGCCAGAAUUGGACAGUAGAUAUGACGAAGGAUCGACGUCUGUGGAGCGCAAAGAAGUUGGUCGGUCUAAGAGAUCGAACACAUCUCCCAGAGAAGAAGAGGUGGUUGCGGCUGGUGGAUUGCCAGCCUCGCAACUACGUUCAUCGACUCCGCAAAAUGCACAUCGUCGCAACUCUUACGAGUCAGAAAGCUACUAUGAUUCUACAGCAGCCUCGCUACCGCGACGACAAGAGAGACGCCCAAGAAGUCAGAAUGACAUGUUUGCCGUUCUCGGAAUGGGCUGGAUAGCACAGAAGCUGAAAGAAAGACGAGAACGGAAGGAAUCAGAGGAACGGGAAAAAAGCGAGUCAGUCCAUACUGAAGAGAAACAAAAGUCACGACGAAGUAAGUCUUCGUCGCGCCCAACAGCAGACAGGCUUGUGCGUCCUAAUGACGAGUGUAUUUCCACUGUUUAUACAUCUGAUUUGGACUCACCUGAUUCCUCUGAUGAUAGUAGGUCUGUUGUGCAGCCAAUGGCUGCCUCUCCUGUACCGGUAUCAUUGAUACCUGGUCCUGGUGCAACUCCAUUCCAAAAUCGGGCCUACAGCACUGAUGAGAGAUCUACGGGAGUGACCUCCGCGGCCCCAGGUAUGUCUGAAGCUUCAAUCAGAAGUCUAAACGACGCAUCCAGAUCUGCAGUCGACAGUCAACCACCAAAGCAGCCCCUGCGACGAAACUCGUCGCGCCAGAGAAAGGGAGAGGUGGCGGCAGCAGCUGCCGCUGCAGAAGCGGCUGCCCUAGCUGCGGAAGAAGAAGAACAGCGAAGGAAGACUAGAAGUCAUGUUGGAGGGAAUUCACGACAUUCUAUGGAUGGUCGUUACACGCCAGUGAGCGUCAAACUAAAACUUCAUAAUGACGACAAGAAUCACGUAACGCUGCGAAGACUGACUAAGGAAGAAGCAGCAGCAGCUAGAGAAGCUCGGAUGGCCGAAAGGCGGCAAAGGAGGCCAGAAUCUCUCUCGAGUAUCAGUGCUGUCGAUACAAAUAUUUCAAAUCGUCGCUACCGCCGUCCUGAGUAUACAAUAGAGCAGCGAGCCGAGCCACCAUCAUUAGCAUUAUCUACAAUGCCGCCGCUUUGUCCGCCUAGCCCUACGGCAAUCUCUGUAGCUAAGUCUAAGGACCCUUCUUCCUACCCAAAUAAGCACGGGGCCAGUGGUAGCGGUCUCUUGGCGACGGCAAGGCUUGGUAGUCCUGACAGUCCUGAGGCAUGGAGCGGUAUGAGUCCUAAUGUGAGUGGUGAUAAUGGAGAAGCAGCGGCAGAAAGGCGGAGACGUCGAAGACAGGAACGUAGUCGGCGAGACGGUCCCGGAGAGAGAGGAUCAAGUGAUGUCAGAGCCACGAGUGUUAUGAGUUCAGCGAAUCACUCCUCUACCAACCUCAGCGCGGAGUCACAAUCACUGACGCCUGGCCCUCGAGCCAAGGCCUUUGUCACUCUCUAUUACUCAGCACUGCAGUCGACCCUAAGAUCGGUCCCCUAUGAAUCUUUCGAGGCCUGCUUUCCACUCAUCGCAGCGCAGGCGCCUACUGCCCUCCGUGCUAUGUGGCAGGGAAUGCGCGACGGUCUCGAAAGCUUUGCCAGCCGUGAGUUCGAGAUGAUCUUGCAGGAGCGUGCUGUCGUCCGUCGGCUCAAUGAGCUCGAGACCAUCAUUGCCGACGCGCGGCAACGUCGCGCCUUAGCUGCGGACGGCGACAAACCCUCUCCCGACCAGGGAAGACCCUCGCAUACACUGGCGCCCGACCAGCUCAUCGCAGCGCGCCUCGCUCCCCUCUAUGCCGCACAGCAGGGCCAGCUCAACGCCAAGCUGCAAACUCUGGAGUCUCUAAACGCCGGACUCGUCAAGGAGAUACGGAAUGAGCGCGCCGAAAUUUACAGGCUCUUGGAGCGCGCAGAGACCAUGGUCGAGGAUAUCCGCGAGGCGGCAGCUGAAUUACCGUCGCUAGGCCGUGAAGCUUGCGAAGCAAUGUCUUUGCUCUACGCCGCUGAUAGACCUUCGUCAGGAUAA